AUGGCCAGCAAAUCCAAAGAGAAGACUUUGGGAAGUCACUAUAAGAUUCUUUCCUAUCUUGGUCAGGGUUCAUUUGGCACUGUGAACUUGGCCUGGCACCUGAAAACGCAGGCCCUGGUUGCCAUAAAAAUGUUAGAGAUCAGCAAGGAGACCAUCAGCUCUAUCCUGUCAGAAAGAGCAAUAUUGGAGACACUGCACCAUCCUAACAUCAUUCGCCUCUUUCAGGUUCUCAUAACAUCAAGCCAUGUAAAUUUUGUACUAGAAUAUGCUCCAGGGGGAAGCUUAUUUGAAUUAAUAAAGGAGGGUGGCCCGCUGCAGGAUGAAGUGGCAAAGAAAAUAUUUGGCCAGACAGUGUCAGCUGUGAAAUACUGCCACAACCUUGACAUUGUCCAUCGAGACAUAAAACCACAGAAUAUCCUAACAGAUGCAGAGGGCAAUGGAAAGUUGACAGACUUUGGCCUGGCCACCAAGUUCAGACCUGGCACCCUACUGAAAGAGCUGUGUGGGACCAAGGAAUUUUAUGCCCCAGAACUGGUACUAAGGGAGCCAUAUAAUGGCAAGAAGACAGAUGUGUGGAGUUUGGGUGUGCUGCUCUAUUUCAUCAGCACUGGGUACUGCCCCUUCAGAGGAGUCACCACCAAAGACAUGGAGAAAAAGAUUGCAACGGGGACGUAUACCAUUCCAACUUACUUCUCCGGACAACUUGAAAACCUCAUCCAUCAAAUCCUCACAGUUUCCCCAGAAAUGAGGCCCUCCAUCGAGGACAUUGAGAAACAUCCAUGGGUCAGGAAGUGUGAGGUAAACAUCCCAACCAUGACCUACCCAGAUUACAAAAUUGUAGAAAUGCUCUGUGGCAUGGGGUAUAAUGCCAACAAGAUCUUGGAAUCCCUUCAAAAGAAAAAAUACGAUGAACCAAUGGCGGCAUAUUUGAUCUUAAAAGACAAGGUACGCCAAGAGAUUGAGCAUGGAACUACCACUUCAGACAUGCCUGGGGAUCAAGGUCCUUUGCCACCCCAAUCACCAGCACAUCACUCUGUCUCUGGUCUUCCCCUAAAGAGUAGAGCCAGUGAACCCAACUUUGGCCUCCUUCACAUCUGGCCCCCAGGAGAGCAGGUGGCCAGACACACUGUAGCCAGGAGUGUCUCCAUGCCUCCCAUUGCCCUAUAUGGUACUAAGAAGCAGAACAGCACUUCUACCAGUGACCUCCACUCAAGACCUGUGGCUUCCCCAUGUGUCUGCAACACCAUAUUGGAAAUCGAAAUACCCCUGCCAACUAAGCAAGACUUUGAUAUGAAAACAUCAUCUCCCCCUCAGAGGAUUGGGUAUUUCCAGAGACUCUGCCAGAGAAUCAGGGAUUGUCUUUCAAGACAUUGCUGCUUCCUGUGGGCUCCAAAGGUGAAGAACCUGAAGGAUCUGAGGCUGUGCCAGUACAUGCUGGAGAAAUACUUGAUUGGACUUGGGAGUAGCAGCCUAGGCAUUGGCCCACAGAAGUGCCGUUCUGCUUCCUUGGAUGCCAGUCACAACAACGCGAUCUUCUCUGUCCAACGGAGUUGUCUUGGUUGUAGAUUUGGAGAUCCUCAAUCUCUCAGCCUAGUUCUCUAA